AUGGAGGUUAAUAUUGCCCAAAUUCAACUCGAUGUCAACGCAAUAAAAAAAAAGGUCGAAAAUUUGGAGAAUACGGACAAAUUACGCAGUCCAAAUACCGAGAGCACCCGGAUUCAUCCACGAUUGACGGACAUCCCGGAAGAAAACGAAGAUGAAGAAUCGGAUGACGAUGAGGAGCAACAACAACAGAGGCAAACGUUCCGGAACGAGAUGACAUCGACCAACAAAAUUAAAAUCAAGCCUCCAACAUUCGAUGGAUCGAGCAAUAAACGACCGAUUAAAUUCAUAAAAGAAUUUCGACAUUAUUGCGAGGUGACGAACCCAACGUUCACCGAAAUGAAGUACUUACUCAGCCAAUCACUUGAGAAAGCCGCCAAGGAAUGGUGGGAACUGGUCGAGGACCAGGUUAAUAGUUUUGAAGACGUCGAAAAACGAUUUACAAAUCGAUUUUGGAGUCACGACGUGCAACGAAGAGUGCGUAAAGACCUGGAAUUCGGGAAAUAUCCUGAAAAGCCAGGCAAAUUAACAAAAGUGGAAUAUGCAACUCGGACGUUCGGAGCGGCCCGUGAUUUGAUUCCGCCACCGAGCGAUCCGGACAUUGUUGCAUCCCUUUCGCAGCACUUUACCGAGGAGAUAAGAGCGACAAUCAUAAGUCGUGGGUUCGAAACCCUCGAGCAGCUGAUCGAGUUCCUGGAGAAACUCGAUCAAAGUGGGCCUGUAAAUACAGGAACUGAGGAAGGAAAACCUCAAAAUCAAAAACCAAACAGCAAUGACAAAAAUGAGCAACGGCCAUUUAAAAUGCCUCCGCCAAACAACUGGAACAACAAUGGUUACCAGAACAAUAACAAUCGCGGGAAUCAAAACUGGCAAAAUAAUCGCCAGAAUUGGAAUCAGAACAAUGGAGGAUUCCAAAAUAACCGAGGUUACCAAAACACUAACGGUUAUAAUCAACAAAAUCGCAAUUUCAAUUAUCAACAGAAUUACGGAAAUCAACGGCCGAAUAAUGGAAAUUUCAAUCGGAAUCAACAAAAUGGAGGGCAAAACGGAAAUAAUCGCCCAAAUUACAGCCGUGAGCAAAACCAAAACCAAAAUCGAGGAUCACCUCAAAACAAUGGGGGAUAUCGCCCGACUCCGAAUAACAACAACGCACAGCAACCACCGAUUCAAACAAUUGAGGCUCAAGUAGAAUCUCAACCAUCAACAUCAAAAGCGGGAAACGCGUAG